AUGCAUCUUCAUGAGAGCGAACCUCUCAUGGGCUGGCCGAUGGCAGCAAGUCCACCUCAGCCUGUCAAGACCUUUGACGCUGGUAUUGUAUCCGGCGACGAAUACGGCGCAUUCACCGGGUUCGCACAGAACGGAGAGACCCAGCCCGCGUUUGGGCCCGCCAACACUGUGCCCUUGGAACGACGCAAGAAGGUCAUCAUCGUUGGCGCAGGUAUCAACGGGAUUCAACAAGCAUCCAUUCUCCUGCGUGACGGCUAUGUCAAGCUCGGGGAUAUUCAGAUCUUCGAAGCUUUGUCUGGGUAUGGUGGCGUCUGGCAGAAGAACAGAUAUCCCGGCUGCGCAUGUGAUGUCCCUGCCAUGAUCUACACCACAUCUUACCACAUAAACAAGGAAUGGACGCACUUCUAUGCCGAACGAUCGCAAAUAGAAGCCUACUAUACUGAGUUCGCACAUAAAUAUCGCCUCGAGGAGUGUACCCGAUUUGAAAGCCUUGUUAAAUGCUGCACCUGGGACGAGGAACAUAUGGUCUGGCACGUCGGCGUUUUAAACAAAAGCACCGGGAAGACUGAACAUUGGAUCGCGGACGUUGUCUGUCAGUGCGUUGGAAGCCUGGACCGCCCGAAAUGGGGGAACACGCCAGGGCGCGAGAACUUUAAAGGCGUGGUAUGGCACACUGCCCACUGGCGAAACGACUACGACCUGAGUGGCAAGACUGUGGCCAUUAUCGGCUGCGGUCCGAGUGCUGCGCAAGUGAUCCCAGAGGUCAUCGACAAGCCAAAACAUCUGACUAUCUACAUGCGGACUCCACCUGUCUGCAUUGCUAGGAACGAUUUUGCCUAUUCACGGCUAUUUCGAUGGGCAUGUAGAUGGGUGCCAUGCUUUGCCUGGCUCAUUCGAACGCGAAUGAAUUUCCGAAUGAUGCGAUUCGGUCGAAAGAUGGCCACUGACGGGGAUCCGUUGAACGACCAAAUGACCGCGAUGGCAGUGAAGUUUAUGGAGUCGGAAAUCUCAGACCCUGAGUUGCGUGAAAAGGUCCGGCCUGAUUCGAAGUAUUACUGCAAGAGACCACUACGUCUUGACGGCUUCUAUAAAGCCCUGGCGAGACCUAAUUGUAGCGUCCUUCGCGAGAAUCUUGUUCGCUACACCGAAGGGGGGGUAGUAUCUAGUGAUAAGAAGACUGGGAUGGAAACCGAGCGCCUGUACGAUGUCAUCAUCUUCGGCACAGGGUUCAACGUGGCUCAAUUUCUCGAACAUGAAAAGGUGACGGGCCUGAAGGGGCUCGACCUCCAGGUCAAGUGGAAGGAUCAUCCCGAAGCCCUGUACGGUUUAGCUUCCAGCCAGUUUCCCAACAUGUUCUACUGCUUCGGGCCCAAUUCGGCACACGUCUGGUCGUCGCAGCAGGACAAUUGGGAGCGGCAAGCACGGUUCGCCGCCAAGGCUGUGAAGGAGUCGGUUCUGCGGGCACGAAAAGGUGUCAAGUUCGCGAUGCACCCCAAAAGGGCCGUCGAGAGGAGAUACAAUGACGAAGUACAGCGACAGCAGGCAGGAAAGUUUGUGUGGGCGAGACCAGAUUGUGUCACGUACUACAAGAAUGAUGCCGGCUGGAACACGUAUACGAUGCCGUGGACGUGGUGGCAAUUUCGCCAGAUGCUGACAAAUAUCAACUGGAAGGAGUGGGAGGUCAUCGAGAAGCCGUUGAAGAGGGUGGCUAUUGACUGA